AUGAGCUGUCUUAGCGAGAUCCGAGGUGAGGAAUUCGGGAAACCACGGGACGGAAGAGUAGCGUUAGAACAAGAGAAAGAAGCAAGUCAAGUCGACUUCAAAGUUGUGUUUGGAUUGAAAAGUUUUGGAGCAGCUCAAACGAGGAAGCGAAAACUUCUUGAUCUAAGGACUGAUUGCAGUGCUUUCCUCUCCUCUGGGAAUGGUAGCUUCCUAACCCCGGUUGGGAUGGAUCUCUAUUCAGAGCUACCCCGAGAUCACCUCUCGGGUUCACGCCUUCCGCGGGAUCUUCCCCUCCCUUCAAGAACUGGGAACCAGGUUGUAAAGCUCAUUCCCAGUCUUGCAACUUGGUCAUUUGAUCUAUUUCCUUGUAAAUUCCUAAGCAUGAGAGGAAGGAACCGCUUCACUGAGCCCCCGCUUUUGGGGGGCGGGAGACGCUAUGCUAGACCAGAUAGGGCGCCUCAAAUCUUUGAAAAAGAACAUGAAGAGGGAUUAAUAAGAAUAAGAAAAGGUUCUAUGGCUCUUGUGCUAGAAUUGCUUUUGUUUUGGGAGCUCAAUGAAAAUUAUCGUAGUGUAGUUACAGUCAACACAAUAGCUUUAACAAUGUUGUUAUUUGAGGCGUUCUGGUUUGUUUUGCUUAUGCACACCGGGCUGCUUAGUCGGAAUAGGCAAGCGGUUUGGAUCCAAUCGGUCCCACUCGUUAUUCACCCAACGAUUGGAUUGAGAUUUCCUUUUCGGAAUCUUCUCCAUCUGAAUGAAGUUGUCAGAACUGCCACCAUCGAGAAGAAUGCGCACGGUGGUGCACUGCAAUCGGCCCGGAAAAAAUCAUCCGACGGAAGAUCCGGUGGAACAGGUUCGGCGACAACGGAGGAGGAAACAUCGCCAUUCGGUUCAUCCACCUGCAGAAUCAUGAGGCUGGGAGAUGACAUCACGUCGGACCUCGGGUUUAAGACCAUCAAGAAAGAGGAUCGGACCAAGUGCGAGAUUGGAUCAAAAAUUGCGUAUGAAAUGAAAGGAUUUCUAUCUAGUACGGUACUUGAAACUUUUCCUUCACCACAAGCCCAACAACAGGAAGCAAAUAAAAAGGAUGACGAUGACGAUGGAGGUGAAGGAGGUGAGCAUAAUAUUCAGGCGGCGGCCGAAUCUGUACAUGCGGAGAGCGCCGAUAUUUCGUUUCUCGAAGACUCUUUAACAUUAAUAGAUUUGAAGGAGAACGGAAUAGCUAGUGAGAGCUUUCAGGAGGCCUCCCAUUAUCUAGAUAUAGCGCAGACGACCCCUAGCACUAGCAAUAGUCUUAUGAAUUUGAGCACGAUUGCACCUUGUGAUGCAGGGGACUCCAUGAACAGUCCUCUUUCUCAAUUUGAGAUGGAACGGGCCUCGCCUUCGGCCAAAAUCCGUAAACAGCUGUCAAGCACUACAGGCGGGGCAUCGGGAUCGGGCGAAGGAGACGAUGAUGAGAACCGUCAUCAUCUAAAAAAACUCUUUCGUCCGCGUUCUGAACGAAUGCUCUCUCGAGUCUACGAGAGAUUCUUAUUGAUUGCAGUUUUUGCCGAAUCUGGUGGAAUCGAGAGGAAUGUUCUUUUUUUAGAACAUUCCUCUCGGUGGAAUUGGGCCGUAAAUACUGUCUUCGAGGAGAUGUAUGGGCCCUUAACGAGCACCUUUGGUGACCUCGAAAGGAUCUCUCGCGUCAUGAGAGAACUUGCGUCGAAGGGGCUUUCUGGCCCCUUUUUCAAAACAAAAGUAUAA